CUUGAAGUGGAGUUUUGUUUUUAAUAUGAAAAGGGAAGCAUGAUGAUCCUUUGGAUUCCUGCAGGGCACUUAAGUGAGAGCAGCUAUUGUUUCAUGUUUUUGGAGGGAGGCACUCUGUUUUGCACUGAUAGAGGAAGUUACAUCAGCAUGCAUAAUGAAGCAGUGGGAGAGCAACUUGUACUGUUUGGAAGUGGACACUCUCUGUUCUCACGGUCUGACAAGUGGCAGGGAAGAAUGUUUCCUGAGAACAUUUACUGUGUGUAAAAUCACAUGCAAAAGAGGAGAAGGAAAGCUAGAAAAAAUGUCAAGUGAAAUUAUUAGGAUGACAUGGACUUCUGUACAGUUUGCAUUGUCUUGACAAAGUGGAUUUUAUGGAAUCAUUUUUUACAUUGAAUUCAGAACAGAGGAAGUGUCAACAUGAAUCACCGAGCUACAGCUCCGAAGACAAGGGGUGAUAAUUAUCUGAGCAUAAAGAACAAAGCAGAAAUCAAACCUUGUAUUUCUUUUGGCUCGGGGACCUUUCCUUUGGACUCCGAGUCCCUUGACACCUACACCCAGAACACUCUCUCUGCAUUAUACCCGCCUUUUGAGGCCACAGCUGCCACUGUCCUGUGGCAGCUUUUCAGCAUAGUUGAAAAGCUGUAUCGAGGAGAUGGUCUCAGGUGCCUAAUUGAUUUCCUUGUCCCUGCCAAGAGAGUCUUACAAUGCAUUCAGCAAGAAACCUGUGCUAAAUACACUGGUCUUAUUUUCUACCAUGAAGGCUGGCCACUGUGCAUCCAUGAAAAAGUGGUAGUACAGUUAGCAUCUCUUCACAGAGUCCGUCUGAAACCAGGGGAUUUCUACUUACAAAUUCUUCCGGCUGGGAAGCAGUCAGCAAAACUAGUUUUAAAAUGCCUCUCCCGACAUGGACAAGGAAUGGAAGAAGUUAUUGUACCUGAAACCAUGUAUGGAUGUGUUUUCACCGCAGAAUUUUUGGAAAAUGUAAAUUGUGAAAGGGAGAGUGUUCCCUUGCAAAGCUGCUUACUUACCACUGGCCCAGCUGUAUAUAGAACACCUUGGAAGAAUAUAGUGAAUCCUAUUUUUGUCCCUACAACUGAAACAAUCCUGCAUAAUUAUUCCAGUAACCCUCUCCUUGAUCGGUUAAUCAGCAAUAAUACUGAUGUGAAAACAAUGACACAGACCAUGGAGAGCAAUAGUUCACAUGACAGUUCCACUUCCAAUGAUACUGGCUCUACUGUCAUAGAAACAACACUUACCGAUAAUCAUGGAAACCAAGGGAGUGAAGUGUAUAGUCCAGUUCAUACUGCAGAAAGUAGGGCUGAAUUAGAAUUCCCUGGGAUCCCAGCUGAGGAGAGCAAAGGAGAGUAUGUAAAUCUCAGUACGUUGACUAAGGACUGCCCCAGCAUAAUAGAGAGGGUUUUACCGCAGGCCACUGAGCCUGAAAUGACAUCUGAAGUAUUAAAAGGUGGAGCGUUAUCUCCCAUAAUGGAGAGAAAGAACAGCAUAAAAAGCAUAACUUUCAGCACGGAUUUGAGCAGCCCUUGUCCAAGAAGACGACAACUCAGGGAUUCUUCAUAUUUUGAGACAAGACGCUUGUUUAGAAAGUCAUACAUGGAAGCUUUGCAAAACCCAAUGAAUCUUGGUUCCAGCUCAGAGGAGUCAAUUGUAGACGAGGAGACUUCAGACCAGACAGUGGACUCAAGUGAAGUGAGUGAUGACUUGAGAAUCUCUGAGAGCAAAUCUCGUGAGAAACAAAUUGAGAAGGAAGAUUCUCUUGCUGAUAGACUUGCACCAAAGGAGGAAACAAUAGAGGUCAUAAGGCCUGAAGAUUGUUCACAGGCCUCAGAAAAACUGCUUAUACCUCAUGAAACUUUCUCAGUAGCAGAUUGCAGGGCUGGACCGAGAAGGUCUCGGUCUUUAGAUAGGUCACGUAAGAGUUCACAUGGUAAGGAUCAUAGUCCAAGGUUGUUCUCAGAUAGUUCAGCAAGUGCAAACCCUAAAAAGCUCUUAAACGGACAUGCUUUAAGACUGGGGAAGUUGGACUCCAAUGGUCAUUUAUUCAUUACUGUGAAAAGCAACAAAUGCAACAAAGAGGAUGAAGAUUUUCCUCAGCACUCAACAGUAAUAGACUCAAGAAACAGUUUCCAGGGUGAGUGUAACACAAUUACAAAUGCAUCUCCUGAGCUAUUCCAUUGUGAGAGUGAGCUGCUGCCUACAAAUGCUGGAGACCUUUGCCACAGAUUACCAAACCAAUUACUUGAAAUCAACCAGGAAUUACUGCAGUCUGGAGUCAUUUCUCUAUGUGGAAGCCGAGACCGGGGUGGCAGAGCAGUGGUGCAAGUCUGCACAAGAAAUACCAUCUGGUCAAGUGAACAUUCCACAAGUACAGAGCUUGCUCGUCUUCUGAUGUAUUUCUAUAGCAUUCCCAGGAAGGAAGUACGUGAUCUGGGGCUCGUUAUUUUAGUGGAUGCUCGUAAGUGCCAGCCUAGUCCUGGUCUUUUCAAAGCUUUCACAGCAUUACAGAGUGCAGUUCCUCACUCCAUUCACAGUGUCCUGAUAUUGACGGAGAAGGAAUCUGCAUUUAGACCUGACAAAGAUACUGCAAUUCAGUAUGAAGUCCUCACAUCACUGAAGGCUCUGCAAAAGCACAUUGACUGUACCCAGUUGACAGCAGAAUUUGAUGGAACCUUUCUGUAUAACCACCAUGACUGGAUGCGUUUCCGAAAGAAACUGGAACCCUUUAUUACAAACUGCAAAGAGGCCAUUGUCUUUCUACAGAACUCAGUCUGUUCGCUGAACUCCAAGAGAACCCUAAGUACAGUGCAGGAGGUCAGGGACUUAAUCGACAAACACAAGACAAUGAUGAAACUUGUUUUGGAAGAUGCAUUGCUGGUAACAUUAAGGCUAGAGGGUGGGACAAUCCUUGCAAGACUCAGGAAAGAGGAAUUCUGCAAUACAGAAGACUACCGAGAUGCCAUGGAGGCUAUAACAAGAUUGUACAAUCAAGUAGAUGAGGAGGUCCAUAGGCUGGUUCUCAUAUCAAAUAAGUGUCUGCAACAACUGGAGAAUCUCCAGGAAAUAAGAAAAUUUGAAGAAGAUUGUGACCAGAUAAAACUCUGGUUUGAAAAUGAAAGGGAGCGAUAUCUUGGCCCUUUAGAUCAAGAACUGCUUUCUCUGGAAAGUGUGAAGAAGCAGCAAGAAGAAUUCAGAGUUUUCAGUGACAAAGUGAUGCAAUAUUGUGAGAAAGGGCUGCUGCUGAUACAAAAGAACUGCUCACUGAACUUGGAAGAAAAAGUUCAGACCUUCAGGAGUUAUUUGAGUAAUGUCAGCACUCAGACAGAGAAAAGGAAGAGUGAGCUGGAGAAGCUGAUCCACUUGUAUGAGUUUUACGAGACGGCACAUGGGUGGAUGUUACACUGCAAUGACUAUCUUGAACAUCUUACUGUGGAGAACAAAUACUCUCAAUCAGUGAUUCAGAGUUUGCAGAGCUACCACCAAGAAGCUACAAAAGUUUCUGCAGAAAACUUUCAGAAAGUGAAUGAGAUGGUAUUGGGUCUGGCUAGCAAAAAGGAACUAAAACAAUGGAAUAUUUUAUGGCUAAAAUGUCAGCAAACAAGGCACCAUUUAGAAGAGGUCCUUUCUGAAGCUCUCAAAGGUUCCAACAAAGAAACUUCUCGCAAAGUCCCCCAGGAAGCGGAUGCAAAAGUUAACUGUGAGUUUGAUACUGAAGAUGCUAGACAACCAAGUCAGUCCCUUUCUCGACUCUCUUCUAACACUGAUAAUAACAUUUGGGAUAAUAAUGUUAAGUCAUUGCAUAAACCUCAGCAUAUGAGCCUGCCAUCAGGAGUACCACCUUUUUUAGACCAUGAGAACUCCAAUCAAAAUAUGGAUGUAUAUGUGCAGCUUAAUGCAUCUCCACCACAGACAUUUACUCCUCUCUUGGGUGGGCUUCAAAGGACUAGCCCAAUCUCAGAAGAUAUGGACAAUGUUUCCACCUCAGGAUCAGCCUCCUGCUAUUCUGAGCCAGUCCAGUCACCAACUACCCGCCACAGAAAACAUCCACUAAAGAAAAUCAUGAAGAAAACUAAAAGCUUUGAGUUUACUCAGCUUGAGAGCAGCCACAGCGAGUUGCACCGCCACGGAUACACUGGAGUUUAUAUCAAGGGAUUGGAGGUGGCCAGCAAUGUUGCUGCUGAGAAGAAAUACAUGCAGCGCUUGAAUAUUAAAAGCCCUUUGAUUAGUAGAAACCGAAGUUUAUCUUCCCCAUCAAGGAUCCAUCAUACAGAAGAAGAAGAAAAAAAGAGAGCAGGAAGCAGCAAAGUGCAACAUAUAAUGGAUGAAAUGAUCACAACAGAAAGGGAAUAUGUUAGAUCCUUAGGAUAUAUCAUCGACAACUAUUUUCCAGAAAUGGAAAGAAUCGAUUUACCUCAGGAUUUGCGAGGGAAGCGGAAUAUUAUCUUUGGGAACCUGGAGAAGCUCUAUGAUUUCCAUUGCCAGUAUUUUCUAAAAGAGCUGGAACACUGCAGAGACUUCCCACUGCGUGUCAGCCACUGUUUUCUCAGACAUGAAGAACAGUUUGGAAUGUAUGCAUUAUACAGCAAGAACAAACCACAAUCGGAUGCUUUGCUUAUAAGCCAUGGAAAUGCAUUCUUUAAAAAUAAACAACAGGAUUUGGGUGAUAAGAUGGAUCUGGCUUCCUAUCUGCUGAAGCCUAUUCAAAGAAUGAGCAAAUAUGCUCUUCUUCUAAAAGAUAUGAUCAAAGAGUGCACUAAGACCCAGGAGCAGGAGCUCAAUGAUCUCAGGGCAGCUGAAGAAAUGGUGAAAUUCCAGCUUCGCCAUGGAAACGACUUACUUGCUAUGGAUGCCAUUAGAGGGUGUGAUGUCAAUUUGAAAGAACAAGGACAGCUGAGAUGUCAAGAUGAGUUUAUUGUUUGCUGUGGAAGAAAGAAAUAUUUGAGACAUGUCUUCCUUUUUGAAGACCUCAUCUUGUUUAGCAAAACAAAAAAGAUUGAUGGGGGAUAUGACAUCUACAUGUACAAACAGUCAUUCAAGACGGCUGAGAUUGGGAUGACAGAGAAUGUUGGAGAUAGUGGUCUGCGAUUUGAAAUCUGGUUUAGAAGGAGGAGGAAAUCCCAGGACACAUACAUCCUUCAAGCAAACUCAACAGAAGUUAAAAUUGCUUGGACCAGUAUCAUAGGAAGGAUUCUUUGGAGACAAGCUCUGAGAAACCGAGCCAAUCACUUCAGAAUUCUUCUCAGAAAUUCCUAAUUCACACCAAAAGAGAAGUAGCACAGAAAGCGACAGUAAACUCAGAACUGACAGGAACGGAAUAGAUAUGAACAAAGGAGGAGGGACAUGGCAUAUUUAUUCUAAAUCCAUCUGGGCAUUCCAUGAAUUAAUGCUGCAGCUUUAGGACCUUUUUUCCUUCUGAGUACUUGUAGCAACAGUGUCUUCUUAAGGAUUUGGAUAUUUCUAGGUUCUAACAAUAUGGAAAGAUUCUUGUACAUCUUUCUUUAUUUUUGUUAUUAAGGAUUGUUGUAUAUGUGUAUGGUCAGCUUCAGUUUGGCUCUGUUGUUUUGUAAAUAUCCCAUCAAAGAUCAUGUGCCUGAUUAAUGGUGAUUAACUAUAUUCUCAGAUUCAUUUCAUUACCUUAAUAGGUUUUUAGAAGAAUGGUUCCCAGCAUGUUUGAGAAACUCUGCUACCAGACUAAGACCUUGAUGUACCAGUCAGUGCCUACCUCCUUCCGUUGAGCUGUGUGUCCUUUAACCCACAAUUAUUAGAGAAACAAUAAGUUCAUUUUACUGCAGACCUGGGGUCAGUUAAUGACCCCUAAGCUAUUUAGAAGAAAGCAGGGCUUAAAUUCUCAUAGAUUAUUUCACAGAGCCUCCCACCCCCCAUCCCCGCAAUAUGCUGUAAAACCUCCAGGGCCCAGCAGGCCGGGAGCGCCUCUGGCCUUCUGCCCUGCAGCAGGGUGGCGGGGCUCCAAACUCCCCUUGGUGGGCAAGCUGCCUCAAAGAGAGCAGGGACUGGCCAGGCCCAGAGAGGGGAGCAUGCCACCCUAAUUGUGUGGCAUGCAUAAUAAAACAGUACCAUAAUAUUCAUGCAGCUCUGGUAGUCUCCAUCCUUGGCACAAGCAGCCAUCCAUCCACAACAGGAAAAAAAGUUUAAUAAGGGUAGAUUCUCUGCCAAGAACCUUAAGUUAAGGGCAGGAAGAUAUUUGUACUGCUAGCCUCAAAGUACUGUGUAAAACAGUCCUGACACUAAAGUUAACUUCAUAAUAUGGUAUCCUGGUGGCAAUAGGCUUGGUGAUUUGUGCUAGACAUAAAUGACAUGCCACUUCCAGGGCUAUAUUUUUAGUAGGAGUGAAGUUAUGAACUCUGCUUUGAAUUGCAAUGUAUUUGACUGGUGUGGUGUCUGGGGAUGUUCUGCAACUGAGUCACGUUCAGUGGUGAUGAAAACAACAAUCAUCGCAUUUUCCCUCUAAAGAAUUAUUCUGUAAUGUUUGAGGAUGGUUGGAAAACAAAUCUCACUUUGCCAUUAGGAAAAAAAACACCUACUGGUAAAAAGAUUCAAUAAUAAUCAUGAAAUGGGUCUGAGAGAUGGCACGAGAGGAGAUGGCAGCAUUCUUUACAAUCCUUUAGUUACUUUAUAAAAAAUGAAAUCUGACCGACUCAAGUUGCCAGUCUCUGGCUGGCUCCAGAGCUAGAGUGUUUGCAGCUGAUAAAUGCUUUUCUCUCUUGUAGGGGGUCAGUAAGCUACUGCCGAGGGUACUGAAAAGAGGAAAAUAUUUUCGUUCUCCCAUAGCAGCAUAACUAAAACAUCAAAGGGGUGGCUGAUAUUUUUCAUAUGUGCAUUUUCCCACUUUAGAACUCAGAAUGCAAGAAAUGGUGUCAAUGGGAAUAGGCAAUAAACCUUUCAUGGACAUCAAGCCCAGUGAAGCAGCCAUAAGCGACCGAGCAAUAGAUU